GUGACUUUUCCCCACACUUUCUGCCCAAACAUGGCUUUAACAACCCAAACCUGUUUCCUUCAAAAACCAUUCCUUCCUUCUCCUUCUCGUGCUUUUUCCCCUUCUCGAAAACUCCGUCUCAUUUCUGUCCGCUGCUCCGUAGCUUCCGCCCCGUCUGCGGCGGUGACGGCCUCCAAAGAAUGCAAGGUCAAAUCGGUCAAGGCUAGGCAGAUCAUUGACAGCAGGGGUAAUCCCACAGUCGAGGUUGAUUUGAUCACCGAUGAUAUUUAUCGAUCAGCCGUUCCCAGCGGCGCCUCUACUGGGAUCUAUGAGGCACUUGAGCUCAGGGAUGGUGACAAGAGCGUGUAUGGCGGAAAAGGUGUGCUCUCUGCCGUCAGAAACAUCAAUGAAAUUUUGGGUCCUAAGCUUAUCGGCAUUGAUGUCAGAAAUCAAGCGGAUGUAGAUGCUGUUAUGCUGGAAAUCGAUGGCACUCCAAACAAGUCAAAGCUCGGAGCUAAUGCAAUUUUGGGAGUGUCAUUGAGUGUAUGCCGAGCAGGUGCUGGGGCGAAAGGGAUACCAUUGUAUAAGCAUAUUCAGGAAUUGUCAAGAACAAAGGAACUUGUUAUGCCAGUUCCAGCUUUUAAUGUCAUCAAUGGUGGAAGUCAUGCUGGAAACAAUUUGGCAAUGCAAGAGUUUAUGAUACUGCCAGUUGGAGCAACCUCAUUUUCCGAGGCCCUCCGAAUGGGGAGUGAAGUUUAUCACAUACUCAAAGGCAUUAUCAAAGCAAAAUAUGGACAAGAUGCUUGCAACGUUGGAGAUGAAGGGGGAUUUGCUCCUAAUGUUCAGGACAAUAGAGAGGGACUGGUUUUGCUAAUGGAUGCUAUUGAAAAGGCCGGUUACACUGGAAAGAUCAAAAUAGGAAUGGAUGUUGCAGCUUCGGAGUUCUACACAAAAGAUGGGAAAUAUGACCUAAACUUUAAGAAACAACCAAAUGAUGGAGUGCAUUUGCAUUCACCUCAGAGCUUAGGUGAAAUCUACCAAGAGUUUGUUAAAGAUUUCCCUAUUGUGUCGAUUGAAGAUCCGUUUGACCAAGACGACUGGAGCUCAUGGGCUUCUCUUCAGUCUUCGGUCAAUAUCCAGCUUGUUGGAGACGAUUUGUUAGUCACGAAUCCAAAGAGAAUAUCAGAAGCUAUUCAAAAGAAAGCUUGCAAUGCCUUGCUUCUGAAGGUUAACCAGAUUGGGACAGUGACUGAAUCUAUCCAAGCGGCACUCGACUCUAAAGCUGCAGGAUGGGGAGUGAUGGUCAGCCACCGAAGUGGGGAAACAGAAGACAACUUCAUCGCUGACCUUUCUGUUGGUUUGGCUAGCGGCCAGAUCAAGACUGGAGCUCCGUGUAGAAGUGAGAGGCUGGCCAAAUACAACCAGCUUCUUCGCAUAGAAGAGGAACUCGGAAAUGUCCGCUAUGCUGGUGAUGCUUUCAGAUCUCCUUAGAGGAGUUUUACCAAAUUAGCGUCGAGUCGAGAAACGGUUUGACAAGCCCUGGUAAACUGAGGCCAACCUAUAGAAAAUUUGAGUUUCUGGGAUCUGAAUAAUUUAAGUUUUGCUCUAUGUUAUAUCCGGAGUGUUGAAUGUCAUUGUGUAAUUCUG